AUGAUCUAUUCAAGAUGCAGGCCUCUUUUUUUAGCAGACCAAAUCCACGGCUUCCUCCUUCUUGCAUCCCAGCCAUGCUUGCACCCAUCAUCAAACGAUGUGUUCUCCUUUCCCCCUCCAUCCUCGCGGAACAUGGCAUUCUACACGCGGCACAGCUGCAUGGGCACUUCAUCAAAGCAAGAUCUUUCCUCCUAUACUUCCGGGAGGCUUCUUUUUAAGGAGGGUCUUCGCCUGCAAGAGCGCCAUGUGGGGUUUAACCUCCCUGCCCUUCUGCAGGAGGCCGAAACGAUGGUCAGUCCCGAUAAUAACCAUGGCCAUGCCGCAUCCGUUGCCAAGUUCGCUGAAGGAGGCUUCAAUCGGGAGCCUUGA